AACCUGGAGCCCGUAGAGAUCAGGCGUCGGUCAAUGUAAUGCCAAAAACGGCCCUCGAUGGAGGACCAUAUGACACACAUGUGAUGCCACCGGUUGUCCAGGAUGGUCUCCACAGUUCUGGUUAUAAACAAUGAGCACAGGAGGCAGAGGGGAGCCUCCUCCCUAUAUCAUACCAGUUGAAGGGCCUGAAGGAGAUGAUGGCGUUAAGGUGUAUCACUUGCACACGCCCUUCACACCACCGUCAAGUACAAUCGAGCGGUUCCAGUCACCUGGAGACGACCCUUAUGCCUCCGUAACCCAGGCCGAAAAUGUCAGCUCAACUCAGGCUGGAGCCCCACCACAGGAGGGGGUGAAGAGGUUUGUUAGUGAGGAUCGUGAACUAGGCAGCAGCCCAGGAAUGAUCACGUGCCCAAGCUGUCAACAGCAGGUGCUCACUGAGGUCACGUACAAAGUCGGAUCGUACGCUUGGAUCAUGUGUUUCGUCUUCAUUCUGUGCGGGUUGGUGCUCUGCUGCUGUCUGAUCCCCUUGUUCCACAAGCACUUCAAAGACGCCUACCACUCCUGCCCCAGGUGCCAACGGGUUCUACACGUGGAGAAGAAGAAAUGCUGCCCUUGACCUCCGUCUUGGCUCUGGGCCUCUUGGCAGAAGCAGCGCGGUGUCCUUGAAGCCUUUGGUUUACUGAAGGCUGACAGACCUCUGUUGCUGCCAGAGUUGUUUUCUAAUAUUGGUUAAUUGAAGUUGGUUAUGGGUUAUGAAGAACUGUGACUAUUGUUCUAGAGUAGUCCACUGCAUCAGUGUCUGAUUUAACCUUGUCAAGGGAAGGCUUGCUAUGCAUACGCGUCACAACAUUUACACUUCAUGACAUUUGAUCUGGUGAUGCUACAGACCUUGCUUACAAUGACAAAGUAUAGAGCACUAAGAUUUGCAGACUGUGCAAUAGGAACUAAUUAAGUAAUGUAUUAAUAUAUUGACAUUAAAAAAAUCAAUGUGUAUUUGGUAUUGUGUACAAUCUGAAGGAUGCGAAUUUGAUUGACAUUUCUUUUCUACGUAUAAAGUGCUUCCUGUAAAAGUGUCUUCUCAUUAAUUGCCAGGCUCUGCUGGAGGGUAGGGUUUUUUUUAUAAAUUUUUCCUCUGGAUCCAAAGAUCCAUCCUGAAGGAAGUUAUGUCUUAAGUUCAUGAACCCUGAUGUCAUGCUGAACAAAAACACUUCCCCUUUUACUAAGAGACCAUUACAUUUAGGCUUAUGCCAAUUAAUGCACUCAUUUUUAUAGAAAAUUUUAUUCAACAUACAUUUUCCAGCAAAAAGGCAAUAUACAGGAAUAGUUGUCGUACACUGCUGCUACAAGGAGGAAUUAAACUGGAAAAACUCCAAGAUGUGAUCUGCAGGUCAUCUUCGUACUGCACUUAAACAAGACAAAACUGUUGCAAUUGGUUAAAGAAAACAAAAUAAAAAAUUAAACGGAAAAGUCAGGAUCCAAAAUAAAA